GACAGAGAGAGAGAGCGAGAGGGAGAAAGAGAGAGAGAGAGAGAGAGCGGAGCCCUUCUCAUCAUUCCACAAGUGACUGCUUGGUCUUGUUGGUCACAAAAUAGCGCGGAAGGACUAAAAAACGCACUAGUAAAAGGAUUACGACACGGACACUAGCAGGGUCUUUGGAGACAGAAGCUGUUGCCCUUUGGGGGAGAAACAUGACAGUAGUGCCCAGGGAGAACCACGAUGAGACUGUGGCACUAACAGCCCUGUCCCAAGAUGUGUUCGACCCGGCGGAUCAGCGGACCGACCAGGAGUGCUGUGAGCGCGUGGUCAUUAACAUCUCCGGGCUGCUCUUUGAAACCCAGCUGAAAACGCUUGCUCAGUUCCCCACCACUUUACUGGGGGAUCCGAGGAAGAGAAUGCGCUUCUUCGACCCUCUGAGGAACGAGUACUUCUUCGACAGGAACCGACCCAGCUUCGACGCCAUCCUCUACUACUACCAGUCUGGCGGCCGCCUCCGGAGACCCGUCAACGUACCCCUGGACAUAUUUAUGGAGGAGAUCAAAUUUUACCAAUUGGGAGAAGAUGUGAUCGAGAAUUUUAAGGAGGAUGAGGGAUUUAUAAAAGAAGAGGAGAGACCGUUGCCAGAAAAUGAGUUUCAACGACAGGUCUGGCUUCUGUUCGAAUACCCGGAGAGUUCGGGACCCGCCAGAGGGAUUGCUAUUGUCUCUGUUCUGGUGAUUUUAAUUUCUAUUGUCAUCUUCUGUUUGGAGACACUGCCUGAGUUUAGGGAUGAAAAGGAGAAACAUUGGGACACUGAGCUGGCGUUGAAUGGAACUAACAGCUCUAAGAAGCCCAAUCCGUUCACCGAUCCUUUCUUCAUAGUGGAGACCCUGUGUAUCAUCUGGUUCUCCUUCGAGUUGUUCGUCAGGUUCCUAGCCUGCCCCUCCAAGCCUGCUUUUUUCAAAAACAUGAUGAACACCAUCGACAUUGUGGCCAUCAUGCCCUAUUUCAUCACCCUGGGCUUGGAGCUGGCGGAGCACCAAGGAAACGGACAGCAAGCCAUGUCUCUGGCCAUCCUCAGGGUCAUCCGGCUGGUCAGGGUGUUCAGGAUCUUCAAGCUGUCCAGACACUCCAAGGGGCUUCAGAUAUUAGGACAAACCCUCAAAGCCAGUAUGAGAGAGUUGGGGUUGCUCAUUUUCUUCCUCUUCAUCGGAGUCAUCCUCUUCUCCAGCGCUGUCUAUUUCGCCGAAACCGACGAUCCAGACUCCGGUUUCAGCUCGAUCCCCGACGCGUUCUGGUGGGCUGUGGUCUCCAUGACUACCGUUGGCUACGGGGACAUGUGCCCGGUGACCAUCGGCGGAAAGAUCGUGGGCUCUCUGUGCGCCAUAGCCGGUGUGCUCACCAUCGCGUUACCGGUCCCCGUCAUCGUGUCCAACUUCAACUACUUCUAUCACCGGGAGACCGAGCACGAGGAGCAGUUUCAAUACACCCACGUGACGUGUGGCCAGCAGCAGCAACCGUCUUUUGGUGAAUUAAAGAACAGUGACAGCCAACCAUCAUCGCUUUCCAAAUCGGACUUAAUAGCCACGGAGGACGCUGAUUCUAUCAAAUAUACCAAUUGCAGCCCACACAAAGCGUAUACGGGGAAACUCACUAAUGUAUGAUAAGCAAACAGAAAAUACCCAGCAAUGGAAAAAAACAGGCAUAGCCUUGAAGAUAUUCAGAGAAACCAUGCGUUUCUUUCUGUGAGUAGCAUACAUCUCCAAUUCUGCGCUCUGGCUAGAGUAAGGUUUGGCUCUCUCUUAUUUCCGGCGUCUCUUAAUGCUGAGGGAAUUAUUUUUAAUAGAUUAUCAUAACGGUGGAUGAAUUAAAACGUGACUCGUGAUCUCACCUGAAAACAGUCUUCCGUUAUGCGCACAGCUCUUCUUCGCUUGUUGGUUGUAAACAUCAUUAUGAGGCUAUAUUUAGCCUCAUAAACAAAUAAACAACAACCAUGAUCACCCCCUCCCCUC